AUGGGCGUCGAAACCAGCGACAUAGAAGUUUCAAAAGACGCAACCAUCCAUGGUUUCCAGUGGUUCCUAGUCUGCACAGCCUUAUACGCGCUAGGCAUCAACUACGGCCUCGACGCCACCAUCGCCGCCGACGUUCAAGUCGCCGUCAUCAAGACCUUCGGCAACGUCGAGCAGAUCACCUGGCUCGGCACCGGAUUCCCGUUGGGCUCAGUCUGUGUGAUUCUCCCCCUCGCUUCGUUCUAUGCCGUCUUGGACAUCAAGGCCCUCUUCAUCUCCAGCAUCGUUCUCUUCGAAGUUGGCUCUGCGCUCUGCGGCGCGUCUCCUAAUAUGAACGCCCUCAUUGUUGGAAGAGUGCUUACUGGGGUUGGUGGAGCAGGCCUGUACAUCGGCCUGCUAAACUACAUCACCUUGCUAACGACCGCAUUGGAACGCGGCCGUUACAUGUCCGGCAUCGGCCUCGUUUGGGGCGUUGGAGCCAUCCUCGGACCAGUCGUUGGAGGGGCUUUCUCAUCCAGCGCGGCGACGUGGCGGUGGGGGUUUUAUAUCAACCUGGUUCUCGCCGCCAUAUGCGCACCUGUGUUCUUCCUCUACCUCCCUUCCGCAACCUUACCCCAGGACGCAAACACCAGCACUCUCGGGAAGCUCCGCCGGAUGGACUGGAUCGGGUUCCUCCUCAGCACCGCGACCAUCGUCGGCUUCACCCUCGUCCUCACAUUCGCCGGCACAGCAUGGGCCUGGAGCGAUUCGCGGACGAUAGCAACCUUCGUCGUCUCGGGGCUUCUCUUCAUCCUAACCAUCCUCCAGCAAUCAUUCCUCCUCUUCACCACCGCCGAAACGCGCAUGACGCCCGCAACGCACCUCCUCCGCAACCGCUCCCUAGCCCUCGCCGGCCUCGAAACCUUCGCCGCCGCGAUGAACAUCUUCGUCCCCCUCUACUACAUCCCGCUCUACUUCCAGCUCGUCCACGGCGACACCGCCAUCAAAGCCGCCGUGCGCCUGCUGCCGUUUGUCAUGAUCCUCGUGUCUGCGAACAUAGCCUCUGGGGCGCUGCUGCUCCGGAUAAACUACUACUGGUUAAUGUACCUCGCCAGCGGCAUCCUCAUGACCACCGGCGGCGCCCUGAUGACGACCAUCACGAGCUCCAGUCCCGCGGCUGCGCUGUACGGCUACAGCGUGAUCCUCGCGCUCGGCACCGGCCUGACGUUCAACAUCGGCUACUCGGUCGCGGGCAUCAAGGCCGCGACCAAGCAAGAGUGGUCGGGCAAGGACGUGCAGGACGCCGUGUCGCUGCAGAACUGCGCGCAGAUCGGCGGCACGCUGUUCUGCUUGCUCGUGCUCGGGCAGGUAUUCCAGAGCUUUGCGUACCAGAACCUGCGGGCGGUGUUGGGCGGCCAGGGGUUCUCGGAGGCGCAGAUUCGGAGUGCGGUUGCUGGGACGCAGAGUGCGUUGUUUGGGCGGCUGGGGGAGGGGCUGAGGGAGGCGGCGACGAGGGCGAUUACGGAGGCGGUGAGGAAGGUUUAUUGGUUGAGUGUUGCGGCGGGGGUGCUGUCGGUUGUUUGUGCGUUGGGGAUGAAGAAGGAGAGGCUGUUUCAGGCGGCGGUUGUGGAAGAGAUUUGAUGGUGGCGGGUUUCUCGAUGGCUGCUUGUAUGUGCUGCAGAUGUACCAGCGUAGUAGAAUGAUGUGGAAGCAAAGGUCGUAUUCUCUACUAGACACCUUUAGUGUGUCUUCGGGAUUCGGGACAUUGGUCG